CAAAACAAAAGAAGCAAACCAACAUGUCCAAACCUCACAUACUAAUCUUCCCGGCGCCGGCGCAGGGCCACAUAACCUCCAUGCUCAACCUCGCCGAGCUCCUCUGCGCCACCGCCUCCUUCCGCGUCACCUUCCUCGUCCCCGCCUACAUCCACCGCCGCCUCUCCCAACACUCCAACGCCGCCUCACGCCUCAGCCGCCUCCACCCGAUCCCCAACGACCGCCCCCACGAGGACAUCCGCCCCGGCUCCUUCGACGUCAAGGACUGGCUCGAUUCCUUCCGUUCAACAGCGCUGCCGUCUCUCAGAGAGCUCCUCGCCGACGAUGAAGAUCCUAUUGAUUGUGUGAUCAGCGAUGGGAUCUUGAGCUUCGUGCUUGAAGCUGCGGGGGAAGCUGGCGUUCCUGUUUUUUACAUGAGGACUUUGAGUGCUUGUGCAUUUUGGGUUUACUUCUGCUUGCCUCAUCUCAUCCAAUCGCAGGAGCUUCCCUUUGAUUGUGAUGACUUGGACUUGCCCAUGGUUAACCUAAGAGGAAUGGAGGGCGUUCUCCGCCGCCGCGAUCUCCCGAGCUGCUGCCGCCACGGGUUGGACUCGAGGUCUAUGCAGACAAUCAUGCACCAGACGGUUCAAACCCCUCGAGCCAGAGGGCUCAUACUCAACACAUUCGACCGCCUCGAAGCCCCCACGCUCGACCUGAUCCGAACCCGAAUCCCGAACCUCUACGCCGUCGGGCCGCUCCACGCCCACCUCCGAACCCGGCUCACCGCCACGUCGAAUUCAUCGUCCACCACUCUCUGGGAAGAGGACAAGACCUGCCUGAAAUGGCUGGACGAGCAGCCCGAGAACUCGGUCGUCUACGUCAGCUUCGGGAGCAUCGUGCGCGUCACGGCCGAGGCGCGGACGGAGUUCUGGCACGGCCUCGUCAACAGCGGGAAGCGCUUCCUGUGGGUCGUGCGGCCCGACUCCGGCGGGACGGAGGUCGCGGAGGGCGGGAGGGGGCGCGUGGUGGGGUGGGCCCCGCAGGAGGCGGUCCUGGCCCACCCCGCCGUCGGCGGGUUCGUGACGCACUGCGGGUGGAACUCGACUCUGGAGAGCGUGGCCGCGGGCGUGCCUAUGGUGUGCUGGCCGCACUUCGGCGACCAGCAGGUGAAUAGUAGGUUCGUCGACGAUGUUUGGGGGAUCGGGCGAGAUAUGAAGGAUCGUUGCGAUAGGGUCGUGGUCGAGAAGAUGGUGAGGGACGUGAUGGAGGAUCGAAGCGGCGAGUUCCGGCGGAGGGCAGGGGUUUUGGCGAAAGCUGCUCGAGAGAGCGUGGUUGAAGGAGGAACGUCAUACUAUGAUCUGGAUCGUUUGAUUCGGGAUAUUCGAGAUUUAUGCAAUACAGCAUAA